ACAUAGGAGCACCAACACAGGGACCGUCCUGCUGCAACUCUUCGGCUGAGGACACUAACUACAUUUGUUGUUCCACAGGCGCUUCUUCUUUUGUUUUACGUACUUUUAUAAACACGGAAAGUUGAGUGGAAUAUAUCCAGAAACUUCCUCAUUGGCUGGACCUCUAAAAGGAUCUACAAGGGUGCUGGCAGGGAAAUGCCUAUGUAGAACUGGGAUCUUGGAUUUUUGUCCAUGUGAGAAAGCACUACACCUGUGACAAGCUCAUCCAAGAGUAAGAUGAAACCAGAACUGGAAGACCAGAAUGCUUGAACACCUGGAAUCUUACAGUCUUUGACAACAUCUGGUGCAGCUGGCAAAAACAUUGGAAAAGGACUUUUGAACCACUACAGAAUCUCCAGUUUUCUUCUUGUGGAUUCUAAGUUAAAGACAGCAAACAUGCCUAUCCUUAAGCAGUUGGUGAAUAACACUAACCAGUCAAAGCGCCGGUCGCGAGCCGACCUGACCGCAGAGAUGAUCAGCGCUCCAUUGGGCGACUUCCGCCACACUAUGCACGUAGGCCGGGGUGGAGAUGCAUUCGGGGACACUUCAUUUCUUAGCACCCGAUCUGGUGAGCCACCAAGGGAGCCUGAAAUAAAGCAAAGCUCACCAGGCCCCAAACCAGGGCUGCUGUCCCGCACCUUCAGAAGCAGCAAGCGCUCCCAGUCCGUCAACCGUGGGGACAAGUAUGAUUACAAUAUGAUGGCGCCUUCUGGUGGUUCGUCCAACUACGUGAAAAAUGCCAUAUCCUUGCCUUACCUUAACGAUGAUUUUAACAGAGGACAUCUGACAAAGAGUGUGUCUUCAAGCCCAAUGAAGACGCUCAUGGAGAUCGAUACCAAGCCGGUUAACGGUGCAGCAGCAAUGGCAACAAUGGAUGCAGAUUUUGACGAGCGCAACUUCGGCGAACUCACUGACUUGCCUCCGUCAAUGCCGAAGGGAGGCGGGUUGAAACACGCAGAGUCCAUGAUGUCCUUCCACAUCGACUUAGGGCCGUCCAUGCUUGGAGACAUCUUAAGCGUGAUGGAGAAGAAAGGCUGGGAGGACGACGACCUCGGCUACGAAGAGGGUAAAAGCAGCGAUGGACGCGCCUCGCCUUCCAACAUCCCCCACAUAGAUGAUGACGAUGCAGACGAGCGGGCACCGAUGAGGCCACCUCGCAGCAUGCACCAACAAAAGCCCGUGAUAGAGCCCUACACCCCGGAGCUACAAACCAGGAACAACCACCACAACCUGGACAGCUACUCAGUGUCCAGCUCCGGCUCUGCUACUGAGGAGAAAGCUCAGUACCACCACCAGGACGGCGACACGGACAGCGCAAAGUACAGCUCACCACGUGGGGAGGACGACAGAGAUUUCACCUUCAUGGAUGAGGACGAGGAUGAGAUUCGAGUGUAGACCAACCUGGUAUUGGUGGACACUUUUGGAGAGACAUUCGGAAAGUCAGGGGACUAAUCAGAGCUUCUUGUAUCAUCUUUCUACACUUUUUUCAACAUCAUAAUAAAACCAGUUAGGCCUUACUUGCUGUGCUGCAGCAAGAUGUGAGCUAAAAACUGACAGACUUGCUCACAGAGUGGAACUCCUGAAGAUUCGUUUCCGUAGACUCUAAGCUUGUAAUUGGAAAUUCCCCAUUUUUGGACUGUUUUCUUUUCAAGGGUUAGAAAAGAAAAGCAGCAAGCCAUUGUUUAUGAGCACCACACUCAUCUUGGGAAGCUAAGUUUGACCGCAAGGUCAGAGAGACUGUGCUUAAGCUGUCAGUCAGAGUAAUAUUACUUUUAUGGGUGAUGUGUGAGGUGAAGAGAUGGAUAUGUGAGGGCACAAAGUUGAUGUACAGUUCUGGACAGGAAAGAGGGAAAGGACAUCAUUUGCCAGUGAUAAUGUUUGGCAGAAACACUAAAUAGAUAAAGUAGUUAUUACUUUUCAUGUCUUACUUUAAGGGUUCAUUUUAUCAUUACUUUCAUGAAGCCGGUCUACUCUUGUAGAGCUUGUUUUUCAGUUCGGUACUUAUUUCUUUUGUAUUAUUUUGCCUCCAAUUUGUCUCUAUUAAGCUAGGUCCUCAUACUUUAAAUUCUCUGACAGCUGUGGUAUUUAUUCAUUUAUAUUAAUAAGGGAUGAAUCAGUCUUAUUGUGCACUACAAGGUCUUAAAAGUUUCUUCUGGUUUGUUUCUUUACUUUAAAAUGACUUAACGGUACUACAGAAUGAGCCAGCUUCUUUUGUAGAAACAUGGCACUUAAUUCUCAUAUCGCUGUCACUCUUUUUUUUGGAAGUCUGUGUAGGAAGACAAGGACCUAUGUUUGGAAAAAUGUGAAUUGUCAAAAUAAGAGGCCUUUUGUAUGUGUCAGUGUCCUGUACUUUUAUGAAAACAGGAUAGAAGUGGCGAUUGUGGCUAAUUUUCUGGGUCAUUCCACGCCAUUAUGGAGGUUGGUAGCAUUAGCAGGUCAGCGGAGAGGCGCGAGAGUGAAAGGGACUGUCGGAAAAAAUGGUAAAAUCCAAAUUAAUAGUUAUGGUUCCUCCCUUAAGGGGAGAGAAAGGAUGUGAAACAUGAGUAAGGUGUUAUUAGAUUGCAGCUUCUUUAAUAGACAGGCUUGAGGUAUGUCUUGGGGCAGCACUGAGAGUGGCAGAAACAUUUCCUUAACCGGCCCCGCAGGUGAUAAGACUCACCUCCUCUAUCUACACAAGCCAAAUCACACAGCAGAAACAGAUGAUUAAAUCAACCAAUCAUCCAGCCUUUCCCGGUCUACUCAUUAUUAAACGUGCUGGAUAAUUGGCCUCCAACCAGCUGGAACUGCUCCAGGAACAGCAGGGUCAGGGACAGACAGGUGUGCUGUUUCUCUUUGGCUUUUUUGUGCUUAGUUGUAAGCUCGCUCAGCUGGCUCCUCCGGGCUCAUCUCACUUAGAGGUAAAGCUACAAGGAAGCGUACUUUCCUUUCCUGCGUUGAUGAUUAAUGUCUGACCUUUUUAUUUCUGGUUAGAGGAUUAAUCGCCACAUUUGACGAAUGGGAAGCGUUUAUUUCCUGUUGUGGCGUUGAUGCAGGUGUGUAUAUAUAGAAUCAGGAUGCUGUGCCAUUCUUACUCGGGUUUAUUGUAUAGUUUUAAAACCACAGUGUAAACAGGUUGCAAGAAGAUCUACAAAGACAAGCAAUCUGGAGGUAAUUGCCAAGUAUGUUUUAACCAUAUUAUCAGAAAUGAUAGCAGGAUGUUUAAUUUUGUUUUGUAUACUUAUGUGUAGACAUGCAGUAUGGUUUGAGUCAGAAAUCUUACAUUUUUUAAUGUAAAUGGGCCAAAUUGGGAGUAUUGUUUGACUUUUUAUCAAGAAUUGUUUAGUAAAUGGUUUGUGGAUUGUUUGGGCAGCUGCAAUCCUUUAUUAUCAACAAGAAACGGACACUUUAAAGAGCAAAACACUCCUCCUUUAAGUUUUUAAUCAUGUAUGUAAAUAUGAUCUGUGCCAUUGAUUAUUACAGCAAACAAUCUGUCAUCAGCAGUGUGAGUAUGUGGUGAGAAUCAGGAAUGUCAGCGGCUUUAACACUAAACUAAUAACAUCUUCCAACAAUCUAGGAAAACCCUGCCAAAUCUCACAGCUAAGGUAGUAUUUGUCUAAUGUCAAGUUUGAUAUAUCUCAUUUCUAUGUAAGCCACAGUCAUAGAAAAAGUCCAGAUAAAUGUCUAUUUCAUAUUUGACAUAUGAAAUUCCGUUUUAGGCAUGUAGGGCACUAAGGAUUCAUCACGGGACAUGAUGUACCAAAACCCGGGGCAGAGGCAGUCUCGACACAUGACGACACAGGUGUGACACUCGGCAGCAGUCAAGGUCAAGCUCGACAGCAACUCUUUCAGGGUUCCUGCUUAUCCUUGAAAAGAUUAAAAAAAAGUCUGAAAUUGGACAUUUUAAAUUUAAGGCUGGAAUAGGUCAAAGAGUCUCAUUUUAACCAGAGAGAGUGGCUUUGUCCAGUCUUUGUUUUCUAGCCAGCGUUAUACAAUUCUGAUCAUUCUUUCUUGUGUAUAACCCUCGUCCAUGUAACAGCUAACGGCAUUUACAGCAGUUUAUAGUUAAACUCCCAAAUUUGGGCAUUUUUGGUAAUAUUUUCUGUCCUAAACCAUUUCCUACACAGUACACUAAAUAAAGAAUGUCAGCUUUGAUUGGGUAAACGGAUAAAUCUAGCCUGCCUUUAAUUUUUGAUCUUUGGUGGCAUAAAAAGUGGUAUUCAUUUUUCUCAAUGUAGGAAUUGAAAAGUCUUUAAUUAUUAAAAGUGUAGUAACCCUGCUCUUUUAUCUAGGCAUUUCCCCCCCCCUCGGUCAUAUGCCAUGAGAUCAUCAGUGGUUUUUAGGCCCUUGAGACAUUCACAGCCUGACCAGGGGCCCGGGGCAGUCCUGCUGCUCGUCUGUACUGUAGGCAAGUGGUUCCCAAGCUUUUUUCCUGGGUGCUUUUUAAACCCUGGAAUUCUAAGUUGGCUUUCUUGUAACUGUAAGAACUUUGUAAUCUCAAAAAUGUGAUUUUUUUUUUUUUUCAAAAAAUGUUGACUUUUUACACAAAAAUGAACAGAUUCUCUUCAUUUUUUCGUAUUUUAGGUUGGCCCUAAUACAUCAUUUUCUAUCAUUGUUUUUUUUUUAAAGAUAACAGUUCAUCUAAUUUUGCCGGGGUGCCUGAACCCCAGUCUGGGAACCACUGCUCAAGGCCAGUCUUACCACAUCCACCCCUUACUCUGCCCUAAAGGACUUUAUUUUUUCAACUGAUUAUUUUCACAUACCCCUGGUAAAAUGCAAGGACAUCCAGAGCACAACUUUUGGCCCAAACUUGCCUUAAAGUUCUGCACACUUGUGUAAAAGGCCAGUAUUGCUUGUAGCAAGUUAAAUAAAAAACAUCUGUCAAUGUGGCAAGAAAAUUUAGCUGAAGUUUCUUGAAAUAAGUUCUUUCUGAAUUAUUUAACUACUACAUACUGUUCAGUUUCCAUGCCCUCACAGAUUAGUUGGAUCGAUUUUGACCCGAGCCAAGAAUUCCCCUAUAACAAGAGUCUAGACAGAAGUUUGGACAACUUAUUGAUCCAGAUGGUAUGGACAACCUAUCUGUAGUUAAUAAAUGAAUAAUUUCAGUGUUUCAGGGGGCAGAGAGUGUUUUUAGGUUUUCAGCUACUCAUUUUUGUGGAACAAGAUCGAAUCCACAAUAUCAUGUCCUGUUUUAUCUAAGAGAUGAAAACAGCAAUUAUGAUCUGAAUAGAUUGUACUAAUUACAUUCCUGGAGCAUCAGAUACUGCUUUGCAUUAUGCAGCACUCUGCCCUGUAAAUAUUAGACUUCUGCUCAAAAAGUCUGACAUCUAAAGCUUUUAUUUUGAUUGUGGAGAAGCAGAAGUGUGGUGCUUUCUAUCGACAAGCCUGUGAUGGCAGUGAGAAGAAUUUAACCUGCUCAACAUUUCAAAUAUGAGUAUGGAUUUUUUUCAUGCACCACUUUCUCCACUUAGUGACACAAGCUAACAGGCCCUGUUGAAAGAGAAAGGGAAGAUUUUCCUGUCAGACACUCCUGGUGCCAAUAAGAAAUAAGCUGAUUUCGUCACCAACAUGCAUGCUGUGGGGACACAAUGUAACACUGUAAAAAGGGCGAGAACAUUCCAGACAUGCUGGUGUUUAUUAUAUAAUCAGCCUUACAAUCAUUAAAUUAUAUUAUCAUACCUAUUAAUCAUCAGUUAAGAAUUGACUCCUGGCACACGAGACCUAAAGCUGGUCACACAAAUUAGCAGACAGACUUCAGUUCUCUGUGUGCACCAUGUAUGAUUAUUUCAUGGAGUUGUACUGUCUCACUGUGAAAAGAUUCCUCCAUGACUCUUCAAAGACUGACAGGUGCCUGUCUCUGCAGGAACCUGGGCAGAGAUGUGGACCCCACUAUCCCUGGAGGUGGUUAAAAAAUACGAUUUGGCACAAAGCAUCAUGUCGUCAUUUUACAGAGUUCUGUACAAAUUGCUUACAUUUAAGCAUAAAUCUCCCUUAAUAGCUGUGUUUUUAUUUUACAUUUAACUUAUUUUAGGGAUAUUUUUACAAUAAUGGGUAGAAUAUACAACUUUAAAUAAUUACAAAUGUAAUUUUUGUAUUUUGGCAAGCAUCCCGUGACCCCUCUUGACCCCCCCCCUUCCCCAACAAUCCCAACCCUCAUUGGAAACCACUGCCUUAAACAAUACACACAAGCAUGGCAGUACUAGUAAAUUCCUGCAAAGCUGUAUUAAUACAGUAACAUAGUAUUUAAGAUUCCAUAAAUACAUUUUCACUAAUUUGAUUCAGUCAAAUUUGACCAGGUGUGGCAGCCUCUGAAGCACCUUUACAAAAGUGUAAACCAUUUUUUUUGUAUUUUGAUAAGUAGAAAAGUGCAUCAUUUUGGUCUUUACAUUUAUUACACUAUAAGUCUUAAUUUGCAACAUGAAAUGCUGACUACUGUCAUCAGCAACCUUAACGUUAAUGUAUCAAAAACAUUUUUUACAUAAAUUUUCUAUAUAACCGGAAAAAUUAGGAAAAUGAAACCAAAGACAAAGACAGUGGCAUCUAAUCCUAACGCUAUUGUAAACGACAAGAAGAGGUUAUUUAAAGUUAAAUGACUUUUGAACCAUAAACUGUACCCAUACACUUUUUUCCCAUCUUACAGUCUGCUGUUACACUAAUGACGCUAUCCGUGCCUUUGUGACCCUUAAAAAGGCUUUUCUAGCAAGCCUGUAACCUGGGUGACUUUCCAGGGUCUUUAAAGGUAAAAUCCACACCCGUAACCCAGAUAUUGAAUGUUGCUCGUUUCUGCCGCUAGGAGCUACUGCUAUCCACCAUAAUGUUUUGUCAUAUGGGCUGUGACAACCAAUGGCAGGCUGCUCUGUUUUCACUUCAUAGUUUGUCAAACUGGGGAGAUCAUGCAGGAGACAGCCUGAGUAGCUCAAAAUGGAGAGAAAGAGAGACAGAGAGCCCGUGAUGUGGCCCUCGGUGUCACUGCAGACAGGAACUGCUUUGGAUAAUGGUUCCAAAACAGCCAAUUCAAGUGUAAGGACGUUUUAUAAGCUUUUUCAGACAGUAAGUCCAGGUGAGACAAAAUGGUAAAAAAACGCUUAGGGCUCAGAGGGUUUAGGGUUUUUUACUGCCAUCAAAUGUCAAAAUAAGUUGAAUUUGACCUUACAGUUUUUAAUGAUGACUAAAUUUCAUAUGGUCACUUAAUUUUGAAGUUUUACUCUCUACAAGCAGUGCUUGUUUCUUUUUCUUGACCCAAGACAUUUAUUUGGACUGGCCUAAAGAAUGUGGCUUAUGUUAGUGUAAUGAAUCAUUUUGAUAAGAAAUUGUUCAAAUUAGCUAUUUUAGAUUUGAGAUUUGCAGCGUAAAGACGGCUGGAAAUUGGAGUAACUAAAUGGAAAAUGACGGACUAAAUUACACUGAAAUAUUUUCUUGUAAUUGUCUGACUCUUCUGGCAUGUGUUUCUCUGUGGGAAACUCCUCAGCAGGCCAGAAUAAACCAUAUAAAGGAAUUUGCAAAUACUCUCAGCCUCAGGUCUGCUCAGAAAGUUUUCCAUGGCCCUGACAGCUGUGGUUCGCUGAGUGGCAGAAAAGAUAAGGACUGCAAAAAAACAACCGGCUCAAAGUUCAACUGUAGAAUGUUUUCUCCUUUUUUUCCUCCUCAUUGGCUGUAGUGUUAUGCCAAGUAUGUACUGUCUUCCUUUUCCUUACCCUGCUUUUACAGUAUAUUAAUAUAUUUACCUUCAUUUCUUCCCUUCUCUUUGAAAUAACAGCUAUAUUUUUCAAUAAAAGAGAAAGCUGGUAAUCUUUAA